AUGUCUCGCGGUCUCUCCGUUCACGUCUUCAAGAAUGCCCUCGUUUCGCAACCGGCACCACCCCCACCGGCACCUAAAUAUGACCCAGCGCAAGCACGUCCUCCGGCUAGCAACGGCGGCGCACCUUGGAAUCGGCAGCUGAGCUACCAAGCCUCCCGUAACGGCGAGCAGGACAGGAAACAGGCCCCGGUGGCACUUUCCCAGGACCGCCGCCUGGUGCAGGUUCCUCAGCCGGCGAGCCAGCCAUGGCCGGUGGACACAAAGUACGGGAAGUCGCAGUCGAAGGGCUACCUGAUCCAUCCCAGCCCCGAACUCGAUAUGUACAUCUACGAGCGGUCGAUUUUGUCCACGGACGACGGCCUGUCGAGCUCGCCGUCGUCGGACGAGAGCUCCGACCUCGAGCUGUUCCCGGACAACUCGCUGGCGAUGUCGCGGCUGGAGAUCUCGUCGACGCGGGCGAGCAGCAGCACGGAGACGUUGGAGGCGACGCUGCACAACACAAGCCGGAACGCCAUCACGGGUGGUGGCGGUGCCGUGCCUUCCCUCUCUCAGACUCGUCCGCCACUCGCCAUCACCGCUCCACCUCCCCCUCCUCCCUACCCGACCUCCACUCGCCCGCCCCCCGAGCAGAGCAUCCCCGUCAUCCCUGUGCGCCCCACACUCACGCGCACAGAGAGCAGCUACCGUCCCCGCAAGACGAGCAUCUCCCACCCCGUCUACCCUAUCCAGUUUUCAAGCGCAGACGCGCGCUCCGACUCUGACGACAGCACCCUCUUGAACGAAAACCCGGGCGACAUGGUCGUCGACAUGUAUGGCGCCUCCAACUCAAACUGGGGCAUGUCUUCAAGCGUUGCGCACUCCGCGCGCAGUACCACGCCUUUCCGGCGCGACUCAGACUCACGCGCCCCCUCGUCCAGCGCGCCCCCACCCCGAGCGCGGAGGGAGUCCCUCGACACCCAGAUGCGUCCGCCAGCACCGCCGCAGGGGCGGAUGGAGGAUCCGUCGUAUCCCCGCGCGCCCCCCGGGCUCUAUGCCGUUGCUACCCCGCCUGAUACCGAUAACCAGCGCUCCGGACCUGGGCAAUCUCCACAGCGCGGAGCGGCAGUCCCCGCCCCCGCCGGAACGUCGUCCGCCCCUGGGCCGUCGAAUGCGAACACCUCGUCGUCGCGCGCACAGCAACAGCAGGUGCAGAUGCAGAUGUCCAAGUCGUCGUCCGGAUCGCCGACGCAACCCCCGCGCACGACGCCGAGCGUCCGCGCGCCAGAAGCGCUCGUGAGAAGCGACACAUUGACCGGCGCCGGGCCCUCGAGUUCCCCGCCUCGCUCUUCCCCUCCGCGAAGGGACUCCCAGUCAUCGACUACGCAGCCAAGCCCCGUGCUGGCUGAGGGCGUGGUCGUCAUCGCCGCCUCCAAACGAUCCGUCCGUUGGACAGAGAACCUUGUCUGUCCCUCGCCUGUGCCACCUGAGCAACGCAGGAAAGGGUGGUUUAAUCGCCGAGGGGACCAGCUCUGGACAAACGACGGGCAAUUCAAGAUGCCUGAGCCGGGCCAGGAAUACCCGCUCGACUUAGCGCACUACCCCGAACCCAGCACAGGCUGGAUGAACGAAGAGGGUGUCCGCAUCGACAUGCAGCACCGACUCGUCCCUAAGCGGCCGCUGCGCUCCGCCCUCAAGCAGCCCAAGAACACCGUCAACACCGUCUGA